AUGAGCCGCCGUGACCGGGACCCCGGGGUGCCGCCGCCCCUCGCCGCGUCCCCGGGGCGGCUGGCGGCGGCGGCGGCAGCUCGGGGAGCGGAGCGGGAGGAACUGGCCGAGCUGAACGAUCGUUUCGCCGCUUUCCUGGAGCGGGUGCGGGCGCUGGAACGGCAGAACGGGACCCUGCGGGCAGCCCUGGGCCGCGCCACCGCCGCCAGCGGGCCCCGCACCGGGCUGGUGCAGGGGGAGCUGCGGGGGCUGCGGGAGCGGCUGCAGCGCCUCGGCCGCGACCGGGACCGGCUCCAGGCUGAGCGCGACGGGCUCGCCACCGACCUGGCGGCCCUGCGGCAGAGGCUGGAGGACGAGACGCAGAAGCGUGAGGAUGCCGAGAGGAGCCUGGUGCUGUUCCGCAAGGACGUGGACCACGCCACGCUGUCCCGCCUGGAGCUGGAGCGCAAGGUGGAGCUGCUGAUGGACGAGAUCGGCUUCCUCAAGAAGCUGCACGAGGAGGAGCUGCGGGACCUGGAGGUGAGCGCCCCGAGCCCCGCGGGGCUGCCCGAGGCCGAGGUCUGCAAGCCGGAGCUGACGGCGGCUCUGCGGGAGAUCCGCACGCAGUACGAGAGCAUCGCCGUCAAGAACCUGCAGGAAGCCGAGGAGUGGUACAAAUCCAAGUUUGCCGACCUCUCGGACGCGGCAAACCGGAACCACGAGGCGCUGCGGCUGGCCAAGCAGGAGAUGAACGAGUCCCGGCGGCAGAUCCAGAGCCUGACGUGCGAGGUGGACGGGCUGAAGGGCGUGAACGAGGCGCUGCAGCGGCAGAUGCGGGAGAUGGAGGAUGAGUUCGGGGAGGAGAUCGGGAACUACCAGGACGCGGUGGGGAGGCUGGAGCAGGAGAUCCAGCAGAUGAAGGAGGAGAUGGCGCGGCACCUCCGCGAGUACCAGGACCUGCUUAACGUCAAGAUGGCCCUGGACAUCGAGAUCGCCACGUACCGCAAGCUGCUGGAGGGCGAGGAGAGCCGGAUCACCAUCCCACCGCACCCCACCGCCUCCUUCAGCGUGAGAAGCUCAGCUCUGGAGCCCCAACCCGCCGAGAUCCCGGCCCGGAGGACGGUGCUCAUCAAAACCAUCGAGACACGGGACGGGCAGCAGGUGGUGACCGAGUCGCACAAGGAGCGAGCAGGGCAGUGACAGAGAGGAGCCGCUGCCCUCGGGGGGAGUUUUGCCCGACCCCGCUGCGCCCUGGGCGGGGCAGGGAGCAGAGCAGGGGGGGCUGGGAGAGCCCCAAAUCCUAUUCCUGCUGUCAGCACCACGCCGUGGCGCGUCCCCGUGCCUUUGCAGAGCGUCCCUGUGCCUUGUGCCCCUCGCUGCUUAUCGCCUGUUUGUUAUUCUCCCAACCACAAGCUCAGCUGUAUUUAUCACCGAUUUAUCUCCUAUUUAUUUCCUAUUUAUCACCGAUUUAUCAUCGAUUUAUCAUUGAUUUAUCAUCGAUUUAUCACCGAUUUAUCAUGGAUUUAUUCCCGAGUGUUCCUCGUGCUGCCCUGAGGCGAGGGGCAGAGCUGGCACCGGCCGCCCUCGGGGUCCGGUGCCAUCCGAGCGCUGUCCCCUGCGGCGUCACUGCCCUGUGGAGUGGGGCAGGAAGGGAUCCAGUGGCUGAGGAAGGGAUCGGGGUCCCCGCUCUGUCCCAGGGUCCUUCUCCAUCACCACAACUCCCACUCUGAGGGGGUCUCACCUCCCCUCCCAUCCCCGGAACCGACACCGGGGACACCCAAGCCUUGUCACCGCCUCGGGGACAGAGGAAGGAGCCUCAAUCCCCUGAAUCCCCGGGGCUCCCGGGACUUGCAGAGCACCGAGAAGCGCUCCCGGUACCCCGGAAUCUCCGCCUGGGGACGGAUCCGGUGCUCCCGGAGCAUCGCAGCACCGGGCCGGGCACCUCCGGUAACCGGGCGCUCAUUCCUUAUCGGCACCGCCAGGGGGCGCCACCAGCCCGGCCCCUAUCGCCGCCGCGGGUUAAUCACCCGUUAAUUACGGGUUAAUUACGGCGUGACAAGGCUCCGCGUGCGCGGGGAAACGCCCCGAUCGCUGUGACCGAGUUACUUUAAGCUUGUUUUUUUUUUGUUGUUUUGUUUUGUUUCGGCGCGAUUGAUUGCGUUGCUCCAACCAAAUAACGCAAACAGCGCGAAUUUCGCUGUUCGGUUUCGCUGUUUCGAGCAGAUUUUUUUGUUUGUUUGUUUGUUUGUUUUGCACCGUUUCGUUAUUUUCAGCGCCUCUCGCGCCGCUGAUUGAGUUAUUUGAAGCAAAUUGUGCACAACCGCGUUGUUCUAAUAAAUCUUGCGCGCACAGUCGCA